AUGCUAAUUGUUCAGCGGCUCUCAUUAAAGAGUGCAGCGAAAGGUACUUCUCUGAUUAGCAAGCUGCACCCUUGUUUAAGAUUUAUUACCACAAGUUCAAAAUAUUUAUAUAAUGCAUCCUCAUCACAAGUAGAUGUCAACAGGUCACUGCGCAUCAAUGAAGCUUGGAAGCAGGAUAAAUUAUCAAGUCUACAACAUGUAAACAUUGUUGGUAAACGUCGCCUGUUCACAGAAACUAGCCACGCCUGUGCGAAAUGUCAAAAAACAGCACUAUCACUAAAUAACACCCCAAAACGUGAAAUUCUUCCUGAUAAUGCCGUUCCUAUACAUUACGAUUUAACGGUGGAACCUGAUUUUAAAACAUUCAAAUUUGAAGGCUCAGUUAACAUUGAGCUAAAAAUUAAUAAUCCUGCAAUUGAUACAGUGAAAUUGAACGCCGUCGAUAUCGACAUUCACUCUGCCAAAAUUGGUGAUGUCACAGCUUCAAUGAUCACCAACGAAGAGGAACAACAAGUCACCAGCUUCAAGUUUCCCAAAGGGACUAUGUCUUCUUUUAAGGGUAAUGCAAUUUUGAAUAUAAAGUUUACUGGUAUUUUAAAUGAUAAUAUGGCAGGCUUCUAUCGAGCAAAAUAUGAAGAUAAGUUAACCGGUGAAACUAAAUAUAUGGCUACUACUCAAAUGGAACCUACUGAUGCUAGAAGAGCUUUUCCAUGUUUCGAUGAGCCUAAUUUGAAAGCUACUUUUGCUAUCACUUUAGUUUCGGACCCAUCUCUAACUCAUCUAUCUAACAUGGAUGUCAAAGAAGAAUACGUAAAGAGCGGAAAAAAGUUCACUUUGUUCAAUACAACCCCUAAGAUGUCAACUUAUCUCGUUGCUUUCAUCGUUGCUGAAUUAAAGUACGUUGAGUCUAAAAACUUUCGCAUUCCUGUUAGAGUUUACGCUACUCCUGGUAAUGAAAAACAUGGUCAGUUUGCCGCUGACUUGACAGCCAAAACUUUGGCAUUUUUUGAAAAAUCUUUUGGCAUUCAAUAUCCUUUGCCAAAAAUGGACAAUGUUGCUGUUCACGAAUUUUCUGCAGGAGCUAUGGAAAAUUGGGGGUUAGUAACAUACAGAGUGGUUGAUUUAUUACUUGACAAAGACAAUUCUACAUUGGAUCGUAUCCAAAGGGUUGCUGAAGUAGUUCAACAUGAAUUGGCCCAUCAGUGGUUCGGUAAUCUGGUUACCAUGGACUGGUGGGAAGGCUUAUGGCUAAAUGAAGGAUUUGCCACUUGGAUGUCGUGGUAUUCAUGUAAUGAAUUUCAACCAGAAUGGAAAGUUUGGGAACAGUAUGUUACUGAUACCUUACAACAUGCUUUAGGCCUUGACUCUUUGAGGUCCUCUCACCCAAUUGAGGUACCUGUAAAGAAAGCCGAUGAGAUCAAUCAAAUCUUUGAUGCUAUUUCUUACUCAAAGGGCGCUUCUUUAUUGCGUAUGAUUUCGAAAUGGUUAGGUGAAGAAACUUUUAUUAAAGGUGUGUCACAAUAUCUGAAUAAGUUUAAGUACGGUAACGCGAAGACCGAAGAUCUAUGGGAUGCUUUAGCUAAUGCCUCCGGUAAAGAUGUUCGCUCUGUUAUGAAUAUCUGGACUAAAAAAGUUGGUUUUCCUGUCAUCUCGGUUAGUGAAGAUGGUAAUGGUAAGAUAACUUUCCGCCAAAACCGUUACUUAAGCACAGCCGACGUCAAAGACGACGAAGAUAAGACCAUUUAUCCUGUAUUUUUAGCAUUGAAGACCAAAAAUGGAGUAGACAGCUCUGUCGUGUUAAAUGAAAGAACCAAAAGUAUUGAUUUAGACGACCAAACUUUUUUUAAGGUUAAUAGUGACCAGUCUGGUAUCUACAUUACAUCUUACAGUGAUGAAAGAUGGGCAAAAUUAGGGGAACAAUCAGACUUGUUGUCUGUUGAAGAUCGUGUAGGUCUGGUUGCUGACGUCAAAACAUUAUCUGCCUCCGGUUAUACUUCGACUAUUAAUUUCAUGAAUUUGGUUUCCAAAUGGAACAAGGAGAAGUCAUUUGUUGUUUGGGAACAAAUAAUUAACAGCAUAUCUUCACUGAAAUCUACUUGGUUGUUUGAACCAAAGGAAACUCAGAAUGCACUUGAUAAUUUCACAAAACAACUAAUAAGCGAUAUGACGCACCAGUUGGGUUGGGAAUUCAAAUCCUCUGAUUCAUUUUCCACUCAACGUUUGAAAGUGACCAUGUUUGGUGCUGCUUGUGCUGCAAGAGAUACAUACGUCGAAAAAGCUGCUCUAAGAAUGUUUACUGAUUAUUGUAAUGGUAAUAAGGAUGCCAUUCCUGCUUUAAUUAAGCCAAUUGUAUUCAACACUGCGGCAAGAAUUGGCGGUAGAGAAAACUACGAAAAAGUUUAUGAAAUUUACUUAGAUCCUAUUUCUAACGAUGAGAAAUUGGCCGCAUUGAGAUCUUUAGGUAGGUUUAAAGAACCAGAACUAUUAGAAAGAACCUUAGGCUAUUUGUUCGAUGGUACUAUCUUGAAUCAAGAUAUAUAUAUACCAAUGCAGGGCAUGAGAGCCCACCAGGAGGGUGUCAAGGCAUUAUGGAGUUGGAUUCAAAAGAACUGGGAAGAACUUGUAAAGAGAUUACCUCCCGGUCUUUCAAUGCUGGGCUCAGUCGUUACAUUAGGUACUUCUGGUUUUACAUCUUUGCAAAAAAUUGAUGAGAUAAAGAAGUUCUUCGUCACCAAGUCUACUAAAGGUUUCGAUCAAAGCUUAGCUCAAUCAUUGGACACCAUUACUUCGAAAGCGCAGUGGGUCAAUAGAGAUCGUGAUGUAAUCAACAAGUACCUAAAAGAUAACGGGUACUUCUAG